AUGCGGGAAGUCAACUUCAGCAUCCCCAAUGUGAACAAGGCUUCGGUCAACAUCACAACCACCCUCUACGAUCGAAGAGCCCUUGAUUGCACAUCCACUCUACCGUUAAUCAACUCCCUUAAUCAUCUCGCAUACCUCACAACCUCAUCGGCUCGGAUUCGGGAUAUUCUCACCGUCGAUGGCGGUAUCGAACGGCUCGUGUGCAUCCUGAAGGAGGGCAGGAGCAAGGAUUUGAUGGAGAUGUGGAAAUGGAGUCUCGCUUUCCAGUGUGUCGUCAACAUUGGAGUACGGGGCUCAGAGAGCGUGCGAACCAGAGUCGUUGAAGCCGAUAUGGUUCCCGUCAUCGCCACCAUCCUGGAUAAUUACAUCAAGGUGGUGGACAAGGUCCGGUCCCGUGCCGAUCCUGAACCUCACAAGCACUCGUCGAGUCGUCACUCCGGCAAGCCCAGUGCCUCUACCCGCGAGGUCGCUGGACGACCCGCCACUCUGGAUGAAACUCCCAACGCCGAAUCCCGCCCGUCUUCUCGCCGCCAAGCGCCUCCUCCCAGUAUCGAAAUUCCCCAGCAAUACUAUCAAGAGAACCAACCGACCGACUCUGAUGCAAUGGAUGUCACCUCUCCUCCCCGCGCCCCUAUGACCUCGCCCCCCAGAACAAAAUACGCUCAGACCCGACGCUCACAACCAUCGGCCAUGCAACCGCUUGCCACCGCCGUUCCUUCGAUCGAUACCCCUGAGGGAUUCGGUCUUAGGCCGGUGCGCGAUGCGGAGCGUCUUCCUAGCAUGCCUCCGGGGCUACAGACCGGCAUUAUCUCGCAACCCGACUCCCCAACAACCCCGAGCGGUCCAAUUCUGUCUCAAUCCCGAAGUGUCCCCCAAGCUGCCCCUCCCAUCCCACGCCCUGCCAUCCGCCAACAACUUUCUCAGUCGGGUGAAUCGGACGAUGCCAAUGGGGAGGACUCGACGAUGGGCGAUGACAAUGUCCUGGGACAGAACCCUGAGCCUAUUGUUGGCCUGCCGAAUCGGAUGGAGAUUGAUAGUGUUGAUGAGCAAGCCACAACAAUGAUUGAUGAUGUCUCUGCCGCACAUGAUCUGACUGUGACUGACCCCACGGCGGAAGGCCAAGAGGCUGAGACGUUCAACAUCGCGCAUCGCUCCACUGUUGAUGGCAGCAUCAUCAACAACAAUGGAAACACUCAAAACACUGGUGGUCUUGGCCUUUCCCCCGCCCAGGCCACUAACAACCCAAACUCUCCUACCCUCGCACCCAGUCCCUACGCUAUGUAUCUCCGUGAUCGCAGCACGCCCGCCACCCAAGGAGUCUUGACGACUAUGCCUCGGGACGAGGACGUGUUGAUGUCAUUGCAGCUCCUGGCUUAUGUAUCCAAGUACUGCAACCUUCGCUCCUACUUCCAACGCUCCCAUCUCGUGCCAAAGCUCAAGAUCGAUCGGGAAUUGCAUCUGCUAGAUGAGAACGCCGAUCCUUCUACGCCAGUCGAGAUAUCGGAGGACGAGGAUGAGUAUCUGCUACCCGAUGAUGUCAACAUCUUCCCACUGGUUGAGAAGUUCACUGUUCGACACCACUCCAAGGACAUGCAGUACUGGGCUUGCGUAGUGAUGAGAAACCUCUGUCGCAAGGACGAGUCGCGUGGUGGAAUCCGUCAGUGUGCUUACUACAAAUGUGGCAAGUGGGAGGAGUUCCAGCGCCAGUUCGCCAAAUGCCGCCGCUGCCGCCGCACCAAGUACUGCAGCAAAGACUGCCAAAAGGCAGCAUGGGUGUAUCACCGUCACUGGUGCCACACGUCCCCUUGA